AUGGCGACCGCACGAACACCAAACCAGAAAAAUAAAAACAAGACACCGAAGAAAGAUAAAGUUGAAAACAACGGUGAAAACGGAGCUGGAGCAUCGGUAACGUUAUCAGUUAGUGACCAGUUAAACCAACAAAAAGAAAAGGACAAUCGAAGAAAAAUGGAAGACGGCUUAAAAGUGCUUGUUAUUAAAAAAGAAACAGUUGAAAGGAAAGUCCAGCGUGUAUUAGUGGCGCUCGCAGAAAUGGACGAACCGAAAAACAGGCAUUUACUGCAAUUACAUUUGAAAAUGGUGGAAAGUGCAUAUAUCGAAUAUAACGCAUUACAGGAUCAGAUAUAUAGUCUUAAUGUUACUGCAGAUACCCGAGCUUCAGAAGAAAUGAGAUUCAUUGAAUUUGAAAAACUUUAUUGCGAUGUUGUUGUGCAGUUAACAGAAAAAAUUGAAGUAGCGGCGGUGAAGAGUGAAAUCGACAAAGCCGCUAUGUUACCAGCUAAUGUUCAGCCGUAUAUUCCACCAUUGAAGGCUCCGUUACCAACUUUCGACGGUAAAUACGAAAACUGGUUUGCUUUCAAAAAUAUGUUUGAGAACGUAAUGGAUCGCUAUCACACCGAAACACCAGCCAUCAAGCUGUACCAUUUACGGAACGCAUUGGUGGGAGCUGCAGCUGGCAUUAUCGACCAGGACAUCAUAAACAAUAACGAUUAUAAUGCUGCCUGGGAAACGCUGAAAGAGAGAUAUGAGGAUAAACAGGUCAUAGUCGACAAGCAUAUCGACGCGAUUUUUAACAUGCCAGCAAUGAUCAAAGAAAAUGCGAACGCAUUGCGCAAAAUUAUUGAUACGUGUUGUAAACAUGUUGACGCCCUGAAAAACUUAGAGCUUCCUGUUCAGGGUCUUGGUGAGGUAAUGCUGCUAAACAUUUUAUCGAAAAAACUCGACAUCGAGACGCGAAAGGCUUGGGAACUUAGUCAGGCUAAGGGAGAUUUGGCGAAGUACAGUUCUACAAUGGAUUUCUUAAAAGAGCGGUGCCGUGUUUAUGAGAAGAUUAGCCGAUGCAGUAAACCAACCGAAACUGUGAAACAAAUUCGUCCUAUAGGGAAGGCUGAGCCUAAGAUACAUAGUCUUGUGGCUGCCACUGGGAAGUGUUCGCAUUGUAGAGAAGAUCAUGAGUUGUGGAGGUGUGAAUUAUUCAAAGGCGCAAACCUAAGCGAUAAAUAUGCAUCCCUUCGCAAGAGUGGUUCCUGCUUCAAUUGCCUUGAGAAGGGCCAUAUAACCGGUAAAUGUAAAUCAGAGCAUAACUGUAAAAAAUGUGCUAAACGUCAUCACACGAUACUACAUCCCGAAGACGCACAAUCUACUGAAACUGAAACUAAGACAAAUCCUACAACGAAAAAAGAAGCUCCCAAAGCUAAUUCUGAAGCCAAUACGUCAUCAGCAUCAUCAAACACUACCGGUUCUGUUUUAUGUUCGAACGUUGAAGAUGAACAGGAUACAUUACUGGCCACGGCGGUAGCGACUAUCAUUGGCCCUGGUACUAAAUCAUCAACAUGCAGGGCUGUGCUAGAUUCAGCUUCACAUAAGCAUUUCAUCACCGAGGCACUUGUGUUGAAACUUGGAUUAAAACAGAAGCGAAGCAAUUACACCAUUAUCGGAAUUGGUGGUAAUCGAAUGACGAUUCAGUUCAAGGUACACGCUCGAAUCAAAUCCAGAAUAAAUGAAUAUGUUUCACCAUGCUUGGAAUUUUUGGUGGUGAAUAAAAUAACAGGAAAACUUCCAGUACAAUGCAUCGAUCCAACGCGACUGAAGAUUCCUGAUAACAUCGAGUUAGCGGAUCCAUCAUUUAAUGUGCCCGGUCAGGUCGAAAUCCUGAUUGGAUCUGGUUUGUUCUUCAAGUUGAUCAAAGGUGGACAGUUGAAUCUGGAAGAUCAUAUGCCGGCAGUGCAGGAAACUCAGCUCGGUUGGAUUGUUAGCGGCGUUAUUCCAACCAAUCACGUUGGUGUUGGGCAAGCUUUAUGUGGAACUUUAACAGAAAACGAUGUGGGUAAGUUGCUUGAACAAUUUUGGCAUUUCGACUCUUACGAUGAGAGGCCGGUAAAUGAAUAUUCCUCGGAAGAUGCUUGUGUUGCACAUUUUUUGGAUACACAUCGACGUGAUGAUCAUGGCAGAUUCGUUGUUCGACUGCCUUUCAACUCGGCUAAAGAACAGUUAGGCGAUUCUCGAGAGAUGGCCAAGAGAAGGUUUUUGGCUGUGGAACGACGAUUGGACAGAGAUUUAUCUCUCAAGACGCAGUACAUUGCCUUUAUGAGAGAGUACAAACAGAUGAAUCAUAUGGCAGAAAUUACACCUUCGGUUGACGAAAUGCCUUCAGAUGCAUUUUACCUCCCACACCACUGUGUGCUAAAGCCAACGAGUACUACCACAAAGUUACGGGUAGUUUUUGACGGCUCAGCUGAAUCAUCGAGUGGUGUUUCAAUUAAUCAAGCGCAAAUUGUUGGUCCUACCAUACAGAAUGAUUUAAUAUCUAUCCUUCUGAAAUUUCGUUCGUUUCGAUAUGCGUUGAGUGCUGAUAUACCAAAAAUGUAUCGACAGGUAGAGGUCCAUCCUAAUGAUACUUGUUUCCAAAGGAUUUUCUGGAGGGAAUCUAGAGACCACCAAUUGAAGAUUUAUAAUCUGCGAACGGUCACAUACGGACUAGCUUCAUCGCCGUUUCUGGCAACAAUGGCAUUACGACAGCUUGCUGAUGACGAGGAACAACUAUAUCCGCUGGCGGCAAAGGCAGUAAAAAAUUCUUUCUACAUCGACGAUAUGCUUUCAGGGGCUGAUUCGGAAGAAGAAGCAAUCGAACUAUUGCAGCAGGUUAGGGAUAUGCUGCAUAGUGGUGGAUUCGAUGUUCAUAAGGUGUGCUCGAAUUCUUCUGCUGUACUCCAAGUGGUACCUGAGGACAAACGAGAAACAAUUAAUAAAAUCAACGAUCCAGAAAUCAAUAUGUUAAUGAAGACGUUGGGAAUCGCUUGGGAGCCAACGACCGACAACUUUACGAUUUCUUUGCCCAAGAUGCAGGUGUCGCAGCCAUCGCAGUUAACUAAAAGAAUUUUGCUUAGCGAAAUUUCGAGGAUUUUUGAUCCACUCGGCUUUUUAGGUCCAGUUUUGACGACGGCGAAACUAGUGAUGCGGGAAGUUUGGAUGCUUCAUUUAAAAUGGGAUGAAGUGCUUCCACACGCACUUGCGAGCUUCUGGUUAGAGUUUCGUGAUCAACUGGAACAUGUUGAAGGCAUCAAGAUACCACGUUGUGUACUGAGUGGAAAACCUUUGAAUUUAGAGCUGCACGGUUUCGCAGACGCGUCUGAUCUGGCAUACGGUGCUUGCCUCUACGCACGUUCAAUUAUGAAUGACGGCCAAGCUAAAAUGAAACUAAUUUGUAGUAAGUCACGUAUCUUACCGAAAAAACAGAAGAGUGGAAAAGAAUUUACAACACCGAGAGCGGAGUUGCAGGCAGCAUUAAUGUUGUCCCGCUUAGUUGCAAAAAUAGUUGAAGCGCUGGAAGUGAAGUUUUCCUCCAUUAUUCUCUGGAGUGAUUCACAAAUCGUCCUGUGCUGGAUACAAAAAUCUCCGGAAGCAUUACGGGUCUUUGUUGCUAACCGCGUGAAGUUGAUUCAAUCUCUGACUGAUGAGUACAUUUGGCGUUACAUUCCUUCCAAAUCGAAUCCCGCAGACUUGAUUUCGCGUGGUGUUCAACCGCAAUUGUUACCGAAUCUUGAGAUGUGGUGGAGCGGUCCAUCGAUCUUGAAUCAGGCUGAUUGUGAGCUAUCGUUGCCUCCCUUAGUUUCCGAUGUAGAUUUACCAGAGCUUCGAAAAACAGUUCUUACGACAAUCUGCCACCAUUGCAGUGGAAUUUGGCGCGAAUUACUGAACUACAUCCUGGCAGGGAUGGUCACGUUCGAGUUGUUAGUUUGCGUACAAAAGAUUCGACGAUUAAACGAGCUGUAA